AUGAUUGGGAGACUUCACGUUGAUCUAUUCCAUCAAGAAAGACUGAUGCUCAAUCUGGUAGAUUUAAAAUUGAAACUUAUAAGAAGUAAACCGGAGUUCUGCUUAAUGGGCGAAAACAGUUACAAGAUUCUUAUCCAGCAUGCUUCCCUUUUUGUGAGAAAGGUUCGUGUGAAUCCAGCAGUGACGCUGGCUCACGCCAAAAGCCUUGAGAAAACAAGUGCGAAAUACCCAAUUAACAGAGUGUUGUGUAAAAUUUAUUCCAUUCCUCAAGGUAAUAUGUCUUUUGUACAAGAUAAUAUCUUCGCAGGUCAAAUGCCCAAACGAUUAGUUCUUGCUUUCGUGGAUAAUGACGCGCUCAACGGUACAUAUAAAAAGUCUCCUUUUGAGUUCAAACAUUAUCAUAUGAAUUUCAUAUCAGUUUACAUGGAUGGGCAACCUGUUCCUUACCACCCUCUGGAGCCUAAUUUUGAGAAUAAUACAUUUAUUCGUGCCUAUCAAAGUUUAUUUCUUUCUGGCGAAGAAAGAGGACAUUAUCUCUCGAGAAGUGAAUAUGCUAAUGGUUACUCUUUCUUUGUCUAUGAUUUAUCUCCUGAUCUAUGCAACGGUGAACAUUUGAACCUCGUACGGCAUAGUAACCUGAGACUGGAAGUAAAAUUCUCUAAGAUUUUAGAACAAACUGUUUUUUGUUAUAGUUUACCCUGA